CCAGCUCUCUGCUGACAUGUACAGUUUUGUGGCCAAAGAAAUCGACUAUGCAAACUACUUCCAAACGCUGAUCGAAGUGCAAGCCGAGUAUCACCGCAAGUCGCUGGCGCUGCUGCAGAACGUGCUGCCGCAGAUCAAGGCCCAGCAGGAGGCUUGGAUCGAGAAACCCUCCUUCGGGAAGCCCCUGGAGGAGCACCUGGCCGUGAGCGGGCGGGAGAUCGCCUUCCCCGUGGAGGCGUGCGUCACCAUGCUGCUCGAGUGCGGCAUGCAGGAGGAGGGUCUGUUCCGCGUGGCUCCCUCUGCCUCCAAGCUGAAGAAGCUCAAGGCUGCCCUCGACUGCUGCGUGGUGGACGUGCAGGAGUACUCGGCAGAUCCGCAUGCCAUUGCAGGGGCCCUGAAGUCCUACCUGCGGGAGCUGCCGGAGCCCCUCAUGACGUUCGAGCUCUACGACGAGUGGAUCCAGGCCUCCAACAUCCAGGAGCAGGACAAGCGGCUGCAGGCCCUCUGGAACGCCUGCGAGAAGCUGCCCAAGGCCAACUACAACAACAUCAGGUACCUGAUCAAAUUCCUGGCGCGGCUCACYGAGUACCAGGACACGAACAAAAUGACACCGAGUAACGUGGCCAUCGUGCUGGGGCCCAACCUGCUGUGGCCGCAGGCAGAAGGGAACAUCACGGAGAUGAUGACGACGGUCUCUCUGCAGAUUGUGGGCAUUAUYGAGCCCCUCAUCCAGCAUGCCGACUGGUUCUUCCCCGGAGACAUUGAGUUCAACGUGACGGGCAACUACGGCAGCCCCAUGCACAUCAACCACAAUGCCAACUACAGCUCCAUGCCCUCCCCGGACAUGGACCACGCUGACCGCAAGCAGCACGAGCAGGCCCGGCGGCCGCUCAGCGUGGCCACAGACAACAUGAUGCUGGAGUUUUACAAAAAGGAUGGCCUUAGGAAAAUCCAAAGCAUGGGCGUCAGGGUGAUGGACACCUCGUGGGUGGCCCGCCGUGGCACCUCGGUGACUCGCAAGGCGCCUUCGACGCCGCCCGCCACACAGCCGCCCGCGCCACCRCUCGAGCUGCCCGCGGCGCCCCCGUCGCCCCUUCCUGAGCAGCCCUUCGACAGCCCGGCCAUUCCCUCCCCUCCAGCCACGAGCUUCGGCUUCCCGACAGCCACUGAGCGCUCCAGCACGCUGAAAACCAAGGAGCUUUCCCCCGUGUCCGGGCAGCAGAAGGGCAGCGCGGCGGCCAGCCCCGACGUGCAGCCAGCCCCGGAGCAGAGCCCGCUCGCGCUGCGCAAAGUGUCUAAGAAGCUGGCGCCCAUCUCAGCCAAGGUGCCCUUCGGGCAGGCGGGCGGCGUGCCGGAGCCGUCGGCAGGCCAGCCGUCCCCCGUGAGCCUGUCUCCCACCCCGCCGAGCACCCCUUCGCCCUAUGGACUCGCUUACCCUCAAGGCUACUGCCUGGCCGCAGGUCUGAUCCAUUUUGAUAUCCCUUCCAUCCACGUAGAGAUUGAUGCCGCGCUGCGCCGGGACCCGCUGGAGCCACCGCAGAGACUUUCGAGAGCAGGGAAGGUCGACUCGCAGGAGGAGGAGGAAUCGGAAAGCACAGCCCUAUGACACGGUGUCCUUGUCCCAUCCCGGCGGGGCCGCC